AUGGAAUUUAAUCCUUUUACUGAGCCUUCAAACUUUGUUGACCUGCUUAGCAGUCAACAGAAUGUUGUCUUUGGUAAUGUACCCGAGUCACAGCUUCCCUUCUUUGCUAGUCAAGCCACGCACGGUUUGAACAUUGGUGAAGAGACUCAAGGCAGCCGUAAGGAGAGGAGGACGUGGUCUCCAACUGACGAUGUUGUGCUCAUAGAUGCAGUAGUAGGGAAUGAACAGAGGUCUAUUGCAUUCUGGAAGAGAAUUGCUGCGUACUACAAUGCUAGUCCUAAGCUUGUUGGGUGUGAAAAGCGAGAGGCAGCUCAGUGUAAGAAUCGUUGGCAGAAGAUAAAUGACCUCAUUUGCAAGUUUUGUGGAGCUUUUGAAGCUGCGACCAGAGAGAGAACCAGUGGGCAAAAUGAAACUGAUGUUCUCAAGCUGGCCCACGAAAUCUUCUUCACCAAUUAUAACAAAAAAUUCACGCUUGAGCAUGCUUGGAAAGAGUUGCGCAAUGACCAAAAGUGGAGUGAGUUGUCUACGGCUAAAGCUGAGGGAAGCUCUAAAAAGAGUGAACGAGUGAAGGUUUCACGUGAAGCUAUAGGGAGUGGAAGGAUCACGGAUUAA